AUGCCGAUACCGCGCGCGGUAUGUCGGCACGCCAUGCUUCCAGCGGACCGGGCCGAGUUCCGGAGGGCGUCGCUGGAAGAGAUCGUCGACAGUACCUACUGUAAUACUGUUCGGCGUAUCCAUGAAGUCGACUCCCUGGUGUUUAUUGCCCAAAGUUGUCAGGCGGAGACUCGACGACUCAGCCGGCAGUUGGAGCCGGCCAAGAAGAGGGUCGCUGAGCUGGAGGCCGCGCUGGCCGAAGCCGAAGCGCGAAGGGAAGCCACCGAGGCCGGGCGACUCGCCAUGGUCGAGGUGCUCGAAGAGGAGAGGGCCGCCCAUUCGUUGACGAAAUCGGCCCUGCGUGCCUCGGAGGCGCGCCUGGGGGAGGCCCAGUCCGAGGUCGCGGGUCUGAAGUACGAGGCUGGGGUCUUCCGCCUCAAGAUCGAGCAGCUCGAGGCCCGGGAGAAGAGGGCGCUCGAGCGGGCCGAGAACGCCGUGGAACUCUUUAAGGAGUCAAAAGAGUUCCGCGAUAUGUUAGAGGAGGAGACUGUGGACGGGUUCCUCCGGGGCUUUGACAACUUCCGAAAGCAGAUAGCCCGGAUAUGCCCCCAGUUCGACCUCUCGACGGUCCGUCCGAGGAUGAGGUUCGGGUACGGCUCCGACGACGACGACGACGAUAUCCCCGCUGCCCUCAUGUCCGAGGAGGACCUUGCUGAGGUCGAAGCCGUGGCAGCUGAACCGGCGAGGGCGGAGGCCAUACCUCGUGAAACCAGCGAGGUUGUUCCCGCGGCGCCAGCCGAGGCCCCCGCCGCAGACCCUGAGCCCACGCCCGCUGCAGACCCUGAGCCCGCGCCUACUGAAGACCCGCAGGUCAUUCCUGUAGACGACGAGGGCGAUGCUAAUGAAGCCGCCGCCUCUUAG